GGCAGCGGAACUGAAUGAAAACAUGACGGAUUUACUCAACAGAAUAUCUAACACGGAUUGUACUAAAUUGUGUCACAGGGUGGUGGAUGGACUUUGUGGCAGGGAGCCUCCUUGCAGGGCAGAUUACAGCGCCACCUGGAGCCUGCAGGAGUGGCUGCAGCUGCAAGAUUUCCUGACAGCUCUGUUCCGUAUCGCCGUUGGCAGCAACGUUUCAGACGAGGAGGUUCUGACCAAGCUGUCAGAUGUGAACAGCAGCCAUACAGAGGCCGUGCUGAGCGUCCUGAGAGCUCGGCAGGAGGAGAUCCGCCGCGCUCUGCUGAACAGAACCAACAACAUCUCCUCUGCUACCCUGCAGGACUUUGACUGGCAGCUGAAGUUAGCUCUGUCCAGCGAUAAGAUCUCGUCUCUCAACACACCUCUGCUCAGCCUCAGUCUGGAUGUGAGGGAGAAUGGAGCGCUUCGAACGGUCGCCGUGGAGAUGAGCAGGGAGGAACUGAGCACGCUCAUCAGUUCACUCGAGGCUGCUAAUAAGGUGGUGCUGCAGUUGAAAUGAUGGACCAAUAAAACACUGCUGUUGUUUAUGACGUAAUAAUGAUUUAACGCAAGGUGUUCGUUUUG